AAUAAAUAAAGUUGUACGUUCCUAGUUCGAUUUGAGGUUUUUACUUUAAAAAUUGUUAAUUUGCAGUUUUAAAGUUGAAAUCGAAACUUUUGAUGAAUAAUUUUCCGUUCGAUUGAUCCGCAUGUUCCUUUAUAAGGUGAAUUUAAAUUAAAAAAAAACUUCACCAACAUAAUCAGCAUCAAAAGAAUGGGUUCCACAAAGAAACACAAGAAAGACAGAGACAGCAAUAAUGAGGAAAGGAAUCACAAACACAAAAGACGACGAUCAAGGACGCCACGAGAAGAGAGCAGACAAAAAGAACAAGAUGUCAAAAAAGAAUCCCCCGAGAUCGAGCAGGGACACGAAAAGUUGUCGCUGAGCAUUGAAGAGACGAAUAAACUCAGAGCCAAAUUAGGUCUUAAGCUUCUGGAGUUGGAUGACAACAAAAGUGAUAAAAAGAGUGAGGAAAAGAAAGAUGUCCAUGUCCCAGCGCACAACAUUGCCGACCUGAAAAGGACCGAAGAGAUUAGAGAAAGAUUGAAACAGGCCAAAGAAAAGAGAAGAAUUGAUAAUUCUAUGGCAAAGAUCAAACCUCUGACAGAAGAUGGUGAUGAAUCAGUACUGGCUUGGGUUGAGAAGAGUCGAAGGUUGGACCAAGAGAGAAAGCAGGCAGAUGAAAGAGCAAAGAUGCUGGACGAGAUGGAUAAAGAUUUUGGGGUUGAUGAUUUGAUUAAAAGUGAAUUCAACAAAAUUUCAGCUCGGAAACAGUAUCGGUCGAAGGAUCUGCAAGGCCUGAAGAUAGAACACAGUGAUGGUAACUUUAAGGAGAAUAAGGAAGUCAUUCUGACACUGAAGGAUAAGUUGAUAUUGGAUGAAGAUGAUGAAGAUGUUCUCAUUAAUGUCAAUAUGGUUGACGAUGAGAAGGCCGCAAAGAAUGUUGAAAACAAGAAAGCCAGACCGACAUACAAUCCUUACGACGAACCAGAAUAUGAUGAAUUUGGUAAUAUCAAGCAGAAAGAACUUCUUGACAAAUACGAUGAAGAAAUCUAUGGCGCCAAGAAAACAUUCAUUACCAUCGAUAAUUCGGGCAAGAUUGACAACAGUUGGAAAGAGAAGAUGGCUUGUGAGGCCGAAUCGUCCAGGUUGGAUAAAAUUAAAGAUAAUCUGAUCUUGAAGAAACCCAUCAUUGCCAGUGAAUAUUACACGGCUGCAGAGAUGGAAUCAUUCAAGAAACCAUCGAAGAAGGUUCGAAAGUUGAGGAAGAGAGCAAAAUUAACGGCAGAUGAUUUGCUGGCUGAUGAAAUGGAACAUACAAAAAUGAAGUCUGAGAUUGGCGCCCCUGCCAUUAAAAAACAAAAAAUACCUGGAUUGGAUUCGGUGAAUAUUGGAUUGAUGGAAGAUGAUGAGGACGAUAUUCUCGGUCCUGAUGACGACCUCAGUGGUGUCGUCAUUGAAGAGGACACAGCUCAACUGGAAUUGGAACUUGCCAUUGAAAAGGCUAGAAAACUCAAAACUCAGAAGUCCGCCACCUCCCUGCUGGAUAUCGUGAGCGUUAUCAAAUCCGAACCCAGUUCCUUUGAUUAUGGAAGCAGUGCGGUUGUUAUGAAUUCCACAGCAGAGUUCUGUCGUUCAUUGGGUGAUCUGCCACAAUCAGCCAUGAGUUCAUUGAAGAAGAACGAUGAAGACGAUGAGGACAACAUGGAUGAUGACGAUGAGUUCAGAGGAAAGGGGUGGCAGUCUGUGGAAAUUGAUGAGAAACCAGUCAAUUUGAAAGAACAGGAAGUACACGUUCUCGAUGAAGAGCCAAUCGUAAAUCAGGGCAUUGGGGCUGCUCUGAAGUUAGCCUCAAAGAAAGGUUAUUUGGACUCAAUCGUCAAUAAGCAAAUCAGUGCACCGAGACAUUCAAAAUUAGAGGCACAAAAUUAUUCAAUAGAAGACAAGAGGAUGGACGACCUGGAUGACAAAUACAGUCGCAAGAGAGAUCGAUACUCAGGUAGUGGUCCUGUAGUUGAGUUCAAAGAAAAAGACGGCUACAGACCAGAAAUCAAGUUGGAGUAUGUCGAUGAUGCCGGCAAAGAAAUGUCCAAGAAGGAAGCAUUCAGAUAUCUAUCUCACAAAUUUCACGGGAAGGGAUCAGGGAAGAAAAAGUUGGAGAAGAGGAUGAAGAAGGCAGAAGAUGACGUCCUGAUGAGGAUGAUGAGCUCUACUGACACGCCCCUCAACACUCUGCAACUGUUGCAGGAGAGACAGAAGGUAGACAAAGUGCCAUACAUAAUCCUCAGUGGAACAAAGGGACUCACCUCGAGCAUCAUAACUAAAACCUAACUUUGUUGGAUCAUAUAUCUAGAUACACGAAUGCUAUUAUCUCAUUUGACAUUUAUAUUUUAAAACAUAGUUAACAGUGGUCCAUGUGAUUUUUCCUCAUAAAUAUUUUGUUGAUUCUAAAAAUAAAUGCAGUCAGAUUUGCUUAUCA